AUGUCUGCUCGUUACGAUAGAGCUAUAACAGUCUUUUCCCCAGAUGGUCAUUUGUUGCAAGUAGAGUACGCACAAGAAGCGGUACGAAAAGGAUCUACUGCGGUCGGAGUUAGAGGUAAAGACGUGGUCGUCUUAGGAGUAGAAAAGAAAUCUGUUGCAAAACUUCAAGAAGAGAGAACAGUUAGAAAGAUAUGUCUAUUAGAUGAUCAUGUGGUUAUGGCUUUUGCCGGUUUGACGGCGGACGCACGGAUUCUUAUUAAUCGAGCUCAAAUCGAAUGUCAAUCACAUAAGUUAACAGUAGAAGAUCCAGUUACCCUGGAAUACAUCACUAGAUACAUAGCAGGGCUCAAGCAAAAGUACACGCAAAGUAAUGGCCGUCGUCCUUUCGGAAUUUCUUGCCUAAUUGGUGGAUUUGAUUAUGAUGGAUUCCCUAGAUUGUUCCAAACUGAACCAUCAGGAAUAUAUUAUGAAUGGAAAGCUAAUGCAACUGGUAGAUCUGCAAAAACUGUCAGAGAAUUCUUAGAAAAGAAUUAUACAGCUGACGAAGUCUCCACUGAAAAUGGUGCAGUUAAGCUUGCCAUCAGAGCUUUGUUAGAAGUUGUGCAGUCUGGACAAAAAAACCUUGAAAUAGCUGUCAUGAGACGUAACCAACCUAUGCAAAUGUUAGACUUGGACACUAUUAACUCAUAUGUCACAGUGAUUGAAAAAGAAAAAGAGGAAGAAGCUGAGAAGAAAAAACAGAAGAAGUAA